AUGGUUACACUGGAUUUCAAGACGUUGAUUGCCCCGGAGGGCAUAUUGAGGAUACUGGAGGUCAUCUUCCUCUGUGUAAUUUUGAGAUUGGUUCUAUCAGUGAGUCACCAGACCAACUCAUUUUGGAUAUAUUGCAUGUUCACUUGGUGCUUCUGCGUCUGUGUUACCAUCCUUAUACUGGUCCUGGAAUUUUUGAGUCUCAGCUCAAAGCUGCCUAUCUCCUGGGAUGACUUUACGACCGCCUUUGCCAUGGUGGCAACCCUAAUGGUUCUCACAGCAUCCAUCUUCUACUCCAUGUUCUACACUUGUCGUAAUUGUGGCAGACAGAUUGGUGCCAACGUUAUCUCCUUCCUGACAUUCAUCCUGUACAUUGCAGAGGUUGGACUGAUUCGUUCCAAACCUGGUGAAACCAGCCGUUUUGUAUCUACAGUGCCAGGGCUGCUCAAAGUGCUAGAGGCCUUUGUGGCCUGUGUCAUCUUCUUCUGUUUACCCUCCCUCCAAAUUUCCCACUUUGGUCUAUUGCUCCAGUCAUGCAUUGCUGUCUACUCCACAUGUUUCCUUUUUUCCAUCCUCAUAAUUUUUUCGGCUAUUGGCCGCAUGAAGUCCCGCUCGCCUACAUCUUUUAACAGAGUUCUGAUAGUCUGCAAUGUACUAGCAGUGCUGAUGUACAUCACAGCUGUUGUUAUCUGGCCCUUCUACUGCUUUAGAACGUUUCCCAGACCAAAGGACUGUCAUUUGUUCUGUUGGUGGAAUCUUAUAGUUGUUAUCUGUGUCUUGUCCUCUUUAAACCUGAUUGCCUACAUUGUAGACACUGUGUUUUCUUUCAAGCUGGUCUUCUUCACCCCUCAAACAUAA